AUGUCGUGGAUGGACUCCUGGUCACGUCCGUCGAAAUCGCAAGCCACGCCUCCACCACUCUACCUCACCAUCGGCGACAGCGUGCCCUACUGCCACUCCUGCGGCCGGGUAAUCGGCGACCGCAAGAAGACCUCCGGCGCGACAGAAGUAAAAUACUGCUCAGCGCGCUGCCGGCACUCCAAGCCGGGGCCGCUUGACCGCAGAAUCGAAGCCACCUUUGCCAAACUGCUCGAGGGCGCGACUCCAGAAUCCAUCAAGGAAGAGCAGGAGCAAGACGCCGCCUCCAAAGCCCAAGAAGGCAGCAAAGACGCCCCAGCACCCAAGUCCACGGAAAACAAGAAUGAGAAAGACGCCGCCCCUAACGACAGCUCCCCCUCCAAAUUCACCAAAAAACACAAGGCCAAGAAACCCUCAAAGUCAAAGUCUACGACCAAAGGCGAGAGCCGGCUGAUCAUCGACUGCACCGCCGUCGAGCACCUCGUCUUCACCCGCACCCCGGACCCGACCAAGACCUUCGGCCGCCGCAAAAACCGGCGCGCGCGGUAUGUCGUCGAAGCGCCCGAGGACUGGCGCAGCGUGGACAUGGUCGACGCGCCGGCGCCCGCCAACACUAACACAAGCACUGCCAGCGCUGGCGCCCAUGACACCUCCUCAUCCGCCUCCGACUCCGAGCCUGAGCACGGCGGCGUCGCGCUCAGCGGCCCCUCGCCCCCCGACACAAUCCCGUACGGCUACGGCAGCGGCCUGGUGCGGCCCCCGCAGGACCAGGCGGACAUCAACGGCUCGGUGGGCGGCGAGAAGGGGUGGGCGGAGCGGGGGCUGGAGACGGACGAGGCGCGGGCGCGGCGGCGCGAGGGCCAGCGGCGCGCGGAGGAAAGGGAGAUGGUGCGGCGCGCGGCGCGAAGGGGGUGUGCGUUUGGGUUCCGUGUGGGCGAGGGGGAGGAGAAGAGGAAGUGCGAGGCGGUCAUGAAGGGGGCGGUUGUGGAGGCGAGUUUUGCCAAGGGCGAGUGGGGGGUUAGGUGGCGGGAGGAGUAG